CCGCCGCCGCCGCCGCCGCUGCUGCCAGCCGAGGUGCCCGGGCGCCGGGCCCUCCGUGCCAGUAGCCGUCACCCUCGGAGCGGGCUGCGCGGCGGGACCUCGAGGAGGCAGCCGUCGCUUGCGCCGCCGCGCAGGAGCAGGAGGAGGAGAAAGGUUGCGCAGCCCGGAGGCGGGGUGCGCUGGUGGGGUGCAGCGGAAGAGGGGUCCAGGGGGGUAGAACUUCGUAGCAGUCAUCUUUUUAGGAAAAGAGGGAAAAAAUAAAGCCCUCCCCCACCACCUUCUUCUCCCCACCGCACCACACACAGCGCGCGGGCUUCUCGCGCUCGGCACCGGCGGCGGGCCGGGCGCGUCCUGCCUUCAUUUAUCAAGCAGCUUUUCGGAAAAUGCAUUUGCCGUUCGGAGUUUAAUCAGAAGAGGAUUCCUGCCCCCGUCCCUGGCUCUUCCAUCGUCCCCCUCCUGUGUCUUUCUCCGUGGAGUCGUGAAGCAUUUCCGUGGGUAGAGAUCCAUGUCUGUGCCCGCGCGUGUCUGUGCGUGUGUGAAUUGCCGAGAGGAGGAAAAUCACAGGACUUCUGCAAAUGCUGCACUGAACGUUGUAAUUCAUCUGCCGCCGCCGCUGCUGCCUUGUUUUCUCGUGCUCUUGAAACCUUCGGUUGGGAUUCCUACGGAUUGACAUUUCUGUGAAGCAGAAGUCUGGGAAUCAAUCUGGAAAUCCUAAUUUUUGCAAUCGACACCCCCACCCCCGAUUCAUUUGGAAGUUUCAGAGCAGCUACAAACGGAGAGUUCUGAAGAUUGAUGGGAUCGUUGCCUUAUGCAUUUCUUUUGGUUUUACAGAAAAGGAAACUUGACAGAGGAUCAUGCUGUUCUUAAAAAAUACAAGUAAGUUCUUUGCACAGGAAAUUGGUUUACUGUAACUUUCAGUGGACACAUUUGAGAUGUUUGACUUUUAAGUGCAUCCAAGUAAAUUUCAUUUCCAGACAGUUUAAUACGUUCUUUUUAGGGGUGUAAUUUGUAGUGUAUAUGCCCAGCUUUCACCUAGUGCAUUGAAGAAAAUGCACCUGAUUUCGACUUACUAGGAUUUUUUCUCCUUAUCCUUUCAGCAUCACGGAGGAAGUAGACUGAUAUUAAUACUUUAUGAUAAUGUGCCUCAUGAAAUAAAGAUCUGAAAGGAGUUUGAAUAAAAAUUUCUUGCCAUCUCAUUCGAAGGGGGAAACACCAGAAUCAAGUGUUCCGCGUGACUGAAGACACCCCCUCAUCCAAGAAUGCAAAGCACAUCCAAUAAAAUAGCUGGAUUGUAACUAUUCUUUUUUUUCUUUGGGGUUGUAGGGUGGGAACGGGGGCGAGAGGUGCUGUUGGUACCCGGCUGCUUUUUUUCGGGGAAGGAUGGCUCACGCUGGGAGAACAGGGUAUGAUAACCGGGAAAUAGUGAUGAAGUACAUCCACUAUAAGCUGUCCCAGAGAGGCUACGAGUGGGAUGCCGGAGACGGGAGCGCAGCGCCCCCGGGGGCCGCCCGCACCCCCGGCAUCUUCUCCUUCCAGCUGGGUCGCAACUCCCCGCUUGGUGUGCCCCGGGACCCGGCCGCCAGGACCUCGCCACCGCCACCCCUGGCCGGCCUCGCCGUCGCCCAGGGGCCUGCGCUCAGCCCGGUGCCACCUGUGGUCCACCUGACCCUCCGCCAGGCCGGCGAUGACUUCUCCCGCCGCUAUCGCCAAGACUUCGCUGAGAUGUCCAGCCAGCUGCACCUGACGCCUUUCACCGCGAGGGGACGCUUUGCCACGGUGGUGGAGGAGCUCUUCAGGGAUGGGGUGAACUGGGGGAGGAUUGUGGCCUUCUUUGAGUUCGGUGGGGUCAUGUGUGUGGAGAGUGUCAACCGGGAGAUGUCACCUCUGGUGGACAACAUCGCCCUCUGGAUGACUGAGUACCUGAACCGGCACCUGCACACCUGGAUCCAGGAUAACGGAGGAUGGGUUAGGAAGGUAUACACUGUCCCUCUGACUCAACCCUGCUGGGCAGAAGUGCUUCAUGAGGACUAAGUCCAGCCAAGUGUGAGGUCACCUCAGUGUACGUCUUACACAUUGCAUGAGGCUGUGAGUUCAGCUGACUUCUCUAAACUGCCCCUAUUAGACCACAUCCUUCAAUCAAAGGGAGGAUCCUGUGGUCCCCAUGUGUGGAAUGAGAGCCUUUGCUAGGAUCGCGGAUCACCUACAACUGGAGGAAGACUGCCCAGACGUACAAACCUUCCAUCUUUUGGCCUGUUUGCCUACUGCAUCUAAUAGAGAGCACUUAAGCUCCUUUUUCAGUGCUAUGUACGAGCAGAAACCUUCUCUGACACUUUCUGCCCCUCCAUAGCCCCAGAAUCAAGGGACUCUUAAGAUAUUCCUCAGUAUUAUACUCACGGCUGAAGAAUCAUUCAUUCAAGCAUUUAGGAGAAUGGUUCUUUCAUUACUUUCUGUUCAAGACUUUCAUUUGCUGUUCAUUUACUGAGCACCUGGUUGGUAUCAGACACUAAUCCUUUUCCUUACAUAUACAGGCUCUGCUCUUUACUUUCAGAAUAUGAAAGUGCUGUGUAUAAAGUCUGAAUUAUUUAUGAACAUUCUGCACAAUUCAGGACAGUUUUCUAAAAGUAUUGUGCUUUGAUAUUAACUUUAUUAGAUUACUAUUCUUUCAUAUCUAGGAUAUGAAACUUAACUUAAAUUUAUCAUAACUUAAAUUAAUCAUAACUUAAAUUUAUCCUUAAAUAGGAGUGUUAGUAAGCGUGAAAAGGGAUGUUAGUAUUAUUACUGACAUAUUUGGGUAAAAUAGGGUAGUCCCAGGCAAGCAGGUACCUGUAGUAAUAAUGCUAAAUAUACCAAUAUUUUUAAGAAUUGGGGAUGAUUGGUGGUUGAGGAAGGGUUAUGAUAAGUCCAAUAUUUUUCUGAAAGCCAGUGGGUAUUUUGUAUGUUUCUAUGGCAAUUAUAAACAUACUUGCUAGAGAUCAACCCAUUAGAUCAACUGUAGUUGAUCUAUUAAGUGGUUGACUAGGUCUCAUCUGCACUUGAUUCAUUGCCACUUGAAUGGUUGAUCCUUCUUCCUGUGAUGAAACUCUGCGAGCUUAGCACUCUACAGAGUGGUGCUAACUUUCUUGGAUCCUGAAUGAACUUCCUUUCCCUGCAUUUCUUUCAUUUUCCUGAGCUGUCUUCUAGGCUUUUAUUUCUUUGUUUAGGAGUCAAACUAGGAAGAAGAGACAUGCUGUGCCUGUUUUCGUAAGGUUGUCUUACACCUUUCUGGGAUGAAAAAGACAAGUAUCGAACAAUUCUUUCAGCGUGUUUCUCCAUUUUAUACUCAUGAAUACUGCAGGGCCUUGUUUGAUAGUGUGACAAAAAUAGUUCCAAUUGAACUGAGUAAUUCUAAGCAAUUUGCUUUAGCUCUCUGUACUCUUUAAAAUGUGCUUCUGUAGAUUGGGUUAUUACGUCUUUAUUUAAAUUGUAAACUCCUGUAGUAUGAGAUCUCUUUGUUUAACUUUCUCUGAAUAAUCUCAAGAGCAGGGCUAGGGAUCAGUUGAUGUUUGCUGAGAACUGGUUUCCUUUUCUAAGGAUGGCCCGCUAAAGAGCCGUAUGUGAAGGUAGAUGUCCCACUAGGUAAUGUUCCCAUAAACAAUGUAUUGUGACUCAUCGGUAAGAGUCAUAACUUUUUGAAAAAUGUUUUGUUUGUUUUGUAACCAUAAACUUUAAUCUCCCCAGUCAAAAGAAUAAUCCAUUUUGGGAAACAAUGUAAAAAUUCUUUCAACAAAUAUGGAAGAAUGAAAACCAAGCAUGCACAUGUUGAGAAUUUGAUAUUGGAAUAAAAUCAGCUUCUUCUUGUUAAGUAAUAACUUUGUGAAAACAGUAUCCAUUUUUUGCUUUUUUGCACUUUUCAGUCUGCAGCUAAAUCAGGCCACAGGAAAAGGAUGGUGUACCUUCAAAGAGCUAGUGGGGCUGGCUGUGUUCUUUCUAUUCGUGGAAAACAGCUGUGGGUGCCGAGUGUCUAAAUUGAGCUUUUGUUCCAUGCAAAGGUGGGAAGGUUUGGGUUGAGAAGAUCACUCUGCUGUGGAGGAGUUCGCAGAUGGCAAGGGACUUUAUCUACAUCUCAGAGACUUCUGAAAUGUGUUGAUAAUGCCCCGGGAAGGAGCCGAGUGGGAUGAAGGUGGGUGUAGGAAACAUUCCUCCUACACAGUGCUCCUAUCUUCUCUUGUUUUUGUGUCUGUGGUGACUUCAGAUUAAAUGAAUUAGGUUACUCUUUUCCACUGCCUUCCACCAAAUAGAAGUACUUAUUGAAGCCCUUGGUUAUUUUUUUUUCUGCUGAGUGAAGCAUGAACUCAGUUUAGGGAAGGGAAUCUGUGCAUGGCAGGGUUAUAUUUCCCUCCCGCGCUCAUGCUGUCUCCCUCUAGUGCAGUGCAGUUUAUCCUCCACCUUGUCAUCCAGGAUUACUGUUAUUACCCUUAUUAUGAAUGAGGUGUUGAGAUAUUUUCCUUAUAUCAAGUUUUAAAGCUAGUUUUAGGAAUUCUUUUUUGCAAUGAAAAAUAUGGGAGCAAAACUUGUCCUCAUUUCGUUUUGAUUCCGAGUUAAUGGUUUGAAAAGUUUCUGAAUAGUGUUUAUCCUGACUCAUCCUUCCCUCUUCUUUUUUACCUUCUCCAUCCUCACAGCUUUAGUGUCCCUUAAAUGCAGUUGAUUCCCGAAUGUAUAUUUGUACAGCUCUAGUUCUGGUACGUCCUAUUUCCUGAUGACCCUUUCUAUCUGGAUUCUUGUUGGCAGAUCCAAUUAAACAUACAAUCAAAAUAUUUAGUUCGGGACUAAACUCAUCAUCAUUCCUCCAAGGUCUUUCUUGAAUUUAACUUUCUUGUCAUGUUGCUAUUAUCCUGAUCACUGAGGCUCAAAACCUAGGAUUUGUCUUUAUAACUUCUACUCAGCUCCUAGUAUGUGGAGCUACAAGGCCCUGCUGGUCCCCCUGCAUACUUUCCUCAAGGUCCUGUUGUCAUUCUUUUUCUUUUCUUUUGUACCAGGGAUUGAACUCUCAACCUUGAGCCUACCAGGCAAGCGCUUGAGCCACUGAGCUAAGUUCCCAGCCCAUUAUUCUUCUUAACUGUGGCCUCAGUGAGUUCUUUAACUAACCCCAGUUUCUUUCCUUACUCCAGUUUAUCUUAUGCUUUCAACAAAUCUGAUUAAAAUUUUUUCAUGAUUUAUAAAAAAAAAAAAAAAAAAGAGACUCCUGUUCCACGAGGGGGUCUUGGUUUGCUCGGGCCCGCUGCUCAGGCUGUUCUCUAGUCUUCCAUUUCUGAUGGGAUCAGCAGCGUUUCCUACUUCUCCACAGCAGUGUGCCUGUUCUUUGAAUCCGCCUUGCUGCUCUGCUGUGAGGAUCCUUUGCCUGCUGUUUUUACAUCCCAGUUAAAACAGCUCUGCUUCCAUCCAGAUUUUCUAAAAUCCACCCCCAUCCUUUAAGAGUGUUUCUGGAUGAAAGUAAGGGAGUGAACUCACUGGCCUCCAAAUUUUUGCCUCCCUGCCAGCCCUUUUAUGUCACUUUGCCACAUUUGGUCACAUGUUCUCUGAUACUUCAUUGAUACAUGAAUGUUUGCGAUAAUUCCCUUUCUUCCUUUCUUAGAUAUAAAAGUAUUAUGGUUCAGGGUGUGUCUUCUGCAUUUGUAUAUCUAACACCAUAACUAAAAGGAAUUUAAAAAAAGAUUUCAUGAUCUCAUACAAGUGCUCAGUGACAUUUGCCAAGUGAAUGAAUGAACAAAGUACAAUAGCUUUGUCAUCUUUUACUUGAAGAAUGCUUGUUCACUGCUCUUCUACCUUCAUACAUUUAUCUGACAAUGUAUAUUGAGAGCAUGUGCCAGGCACUCUCACAGGCAUGUGAAUUUAUCAUGUGCAAAACAGAACUCCUGACAGAAUACACACAAUUUUGGACCUUCCUAAGCCCCAUCAUUUUCCCAGUCACCCUAUCUAGUUCUCAAAGAAACAACAGGCAGUUAUUUUAAAUGUUUUAGCUUUAUAUUUUCUUAUUCUAUGAUUAAAGUUUGCUGCCAAGAACAUUAUGCCUGCUUGGUAGUUUGCAACUUUGAAGUUCUGGUUCAUAAAAUUGGUUACAUAUUUACAAAUCCUGACCUACAGUGAGGAUUGGAAGCAUCUUCAUGGAUUAUCUUGAGGAAAUCAUUGGUUGGCAGCUGGUUCCCUGCCUGACAAUGAGAGUUUGAAAACUAAGGAAAUGUUUGUUAUCCUAGAUGAUCUCCAUCUUUUCUCUUGACAUUCUUCUUUUCACCUGAAAAUGGACCUGAGUCAUAACUCUUUAGUCGAUCCCCGGGGGUGUCCUGGGCUGACUUUCAAGGUGGACAAGUCUCUGCCUUCCAGCCUACCUCCUACUGACACUCUGCUUUACUUCCCGCCUCCCAUAACACACCAGUCCUACCCCAAUCUCAUCCUGUUCCAGUGGCUUUCAAAUCCUUUGUUGAACCCUCCUUCCUCCUUGUCUUCUUCUGUCAAACUAAUUUGUUCUUUACAUUCCUUUUUGUGUUUAUCUAAAGCCAAUAAGUUUGGUAUCAUAAUAAUCCAUGUAUGUCUCUGCCCUCUCAUGCAAAUGAUGCUCAAUUCAUAUUUGAUGAAAUGAAAUUACUUUCUAAGUAAUUACAGCAAGUUUGAAAACAGUGAAAGAAACAGAGCUUUUUUUAUAUCAUAGUCACAUUUUUAUAUACAAACAGCAUUCUGGCUGUGGGGCAGGUAUUACUCUUACGGGUUUCUGGCACUUGUGAAUGUGUCAGACAUUCUGUUUCCAGACAGCUGUCACACGGUCAGAGUUCCUCAGGUAAUAUUUUUAUGCACACCAGAUUAUGACACAAUGCACAAAGGUCCUGAAGAAUUCAGGUCAUUGAAAACCUGGCAGGCUACUGGUAUAGAAAUUAGAGAAAAGGUGACUUGGUUAGAGGUAGAGCACUUGAACACUGCUGCAUCCUGCUCUUCCAUUAUCAUCAGAUAGUCUGCUUUCAAACUUAAAUUGCCAACAGAAGGCUGAAACUCAGAGCCAUGCUUGCUAAAUUAGGUUAAGUGAGACAUACUUCCAGUACCUCCCACAUUCAUGCCAUGAUGCAUAGCCCAGCCCUGUUCAAACACAUAUGCCUUGCAUGUAAACUUGUGCCACCUUCCCACAACCGUCUCUUCCUGUACAUGCUCUGAGGACCAGAUGGGCCUGUUUGUGAAAUCCAAAUUCAAGAUUCUGUUCUUGUGUAAGAGCUGCGCCACAUGGCUGACAUAUGUUCAAUUUGUGGCUCACAUAAGCCUCCUGAACAUGUCUCCCACCCCAUACCUCACGAGCAAUUACCCGUCUUGUAUUUGCAUAUGUUCCUUUAUCUCAAGAUUGUGGAGAGGCUGCAGUCUGCGGCUGCCUCCUUCUCUAGGUACAGCUCCAAUAAAAGCUGUGCAUCCUUGAGGAGUUAUCAGGAGAAUUCCCCAGGCCAUUUCUGUCCCCUACAACACAGAGACAGAGGUUAGAGCGGUCUCCAGGACAGAGUCUCCACUGACAUUCCUCUUCCACACCUUCUACCUCAAGGGCAAAUGAUCUUCAGGAGGGAGCAACCAUCAUUCCUUGCCAGGGAAGCUGAGUACACAGGACUGUUGGAUGAGUGAGAAGUUCCUCAAUGAUCUUUGCUUUUCCAUUACAGCUUUCUUCCUCCCCAGUGUGUUAUAUGAGGCCUACUGUGUCCCUCUUCAGAUGUAGAUGAGCAGCUGUGAGCAGGAGCCCCAGUUGAAGAUCUCUUCCUGGGGAUACUCUAUUCCCUUGGACAGCAAUAAGUUUGAAGCCUUCCAUGCCUGGCUCUCAUUUGUGUGUGUGUGUGUGUGUGUGUGUGUGUGUGUGUGUGUGUAGUAUCAGUAUUGGUGGGAGCCUGGUAGGAGCCAGCCUUUGUGGUCUUGUAGGAUUCUCACUGUCUGCAAACAGCUGCAUAUACCUGACCCCAGCCUAGGGAAGGUAGGAUUGAGUAAAAAUCAGCAGCCCCCUUCCCCAUACACUGCAGCCAGAAAUGUACUCAGGAUGUCUUCCUGCCCUUUUAAAGUAAGAUACUCCUCUCUGAAAUUGUAUGUGUCUCAGCCAUGGACUGGAAGUUUCUUCCUUUUUGAUUUAAACAUUGAAAAUGAUUAACUUGUUUGAAUUUCCCUCUUGCGCUCUGGCAACACUUACGUAUUUCUGCAUGUGUACUGCUGAGGCCAUAUGGUGUGCUUGGGUCCAGGGACCUCACACUGAAUCAUCUGGGAAGCACAUUUUGCCAAACCCUUCAAGAAGUCUGUUCACGCUGGGUAUAAUAGGAUCAGUUUAAGGGACCUCACCCUUAGGCCUCCAGGAAAGGGUGGCUGAUGGUGUAUGUCAUCUUGGUCCUGUUUUCAUCCUCCUACCUCUGAAGGUCUUCAAUAAAUUCACUCAGGCAAUACUUAUAAAUUUCAGUAACUACACCACAUCUCAAGCCAGUUUAAUCAGAAUAUUUUGGGUGGCAAGGUGGGUAGGAAUCGAUAUUUUUCAAAAUUCUCAAAAGCUACCCCUGGUCAUUCCUUAAGUGCUCAAUGGCAUGCAUGUUGAUUCCCGUUUUAAUGACUUGUAUUUAGGAGGACAAAAAAUAGAUUUUGAUUGUUAUAAAAAUUAAGGUUUCUUUGCUGCCACUGAAGAGUCUAAAAUCAGAUUUUCCAUUGGAAUAGGAAAUAAAUGCCAGGUUUAUUUUAAAAAUGCUCUUGAUCUAUCUAAAACUAAGAAAUGUAAUGGAUUCUCUAGUAGUUUAUUCUCACAUCUGAAUGUGUCUUGGCUUUUUCUGAAGCAAAACUUUGGUUUGUAUACAUUACCAAAGGUAUCCUGUGACUUAGGAGGAAUAUAAUUGAACUGAAAAUUCUGGGGUUGUGCACGAAGGUGACUGAGAAAAAGAUGUAACCAGGUCUUCCCUGCACAAUGAAAAGUGAUUUGGAAAUUCAACAUGUCACUAUAAGCUGUACUUUUCUGUAUGAUUCUUCUAGGUUGGGAUUUGUAUCUCAAGGGCAGAGGAUUAUUUUUGGGUGAUUAUGGUAAGUGAUUAUUUGCUUAAGACUUUAAAUGAGAUGAGCAGAUAAAGUACAUUUGUACUCAGUUAACCACACAAACAUUUUUAGGUUUAAAAAAAUAAGCAACUAAAUUGGUGGUUUGUUUUAUUACCAGACUGAUAGAGUUUCACAGGCAGGAAAGAAUCUAUCUCCCAGACUGGAGAAGGUUAAGUGUUUUUGUCAAGGAAGAUUGAAAACUUUAAAAGUUUUACUAUUGGUUGAAUCUUACUGAAAUCAACGAUGCAUUUGAUAGAUGGUGACCAAAAGCCCUUAGAGGUGACAUACAUGGAAUGUCUUUAAUUCUGAGACAUGGGCUUUUUAGGAUUCGCAGAUGACAUAUGUUUUGGCAUUUGCUGUUUUUGUUGCCAUAUUUAUUGCCUUUAGUUCCUAGUGGGAGUAGUUUUUCUGCUCCUAAUUAACCAAGAAAAAAUAACUAGCAUUUUUUUAAAGGAGAAGGAAAAUGUGUCUUGAAAGUUUUGUUAAUUGCAAAAUGAAGUUAAAUGGAGCAUUCAAUAAAAGUACUUCUCAGAACCGACAAAGAAUUUCUCAGAAAGGAGCUAUUAAAGCUGGAUUCUCUAAAGCAGUGGAAAUCCCAGGAACAAAAGCCAAAUGCCUGGGAAUUGAGUUUCAGAAAAUUUUUGAAUUGGUACUGUUUAGUAAUUUACAAAAUGGAGUGGAAUCACUGAAUGUUCUCAAAUCUGUUCAUCUAAAAUGAGAUAAUAAAUUUAGCUUACAUAGACCACAUACCUUCAACCGACACUAUUGUUACAUUUUUUAGUACCAUUCUUUAGCAUUUUUCCUAAGCCAAGGCCUCUAUUUUGACAUGUAUGAUCUCACUUCGGAUAAUUACAAAGAUUCAGUGUCUUUCACAAAAGUCAUUAGUAAAUUAUAGAAGAGUCAUAAUGCUGAUUUUUGGGUGUUUUGAGUAAGUAAAAUUUAUAAUGACAUUUGAAAUAUUAUGUAGAUGUGUAUUAAAGCUAACAUUGAAGAUAAGAUUUCUGUUUCAUUAAUAUGCUUCACUAAUUGGCCCUCCAUUCAGAAGUGAAAAAAGAAAUGAAAUCAACUUUCUUUAUUACAUAAGUCAUGAGCUAAACUGGAAGGUUGGACAGAUCGUUUUAAAUGUUAUUGUAGACCACUGUAUGCAGAUCUGAGUUUUCGAAACUCAGUCAAUUCUGAUAAACUUCCACAGUAAAUUCUGAUCCUUUGGUAAGUGAGAGAAAUAACUGCUAGCUGGGACUCAUGGAUUAGAAAUAAAACUUAAUGACAAUCAGAACUGCAGUUUAAACAUCAUCAAAAGGUGACCUGUGGCUUGACUUUCUUAAUUAUACCUGUCAAGAACUUGAGAUAACAGCCCUGAUGGAAAUAAAUUUUUGAUUCAGGUAAUAUUAAUGCCUUUUAGUCAACUAUAAUCUUUAAUUUACCAGAUCAGCAUUAGGCUUACUUUGGCUCACAAGGGCUGUGCACUAUAGUCAAAUUAAAAAUACAAUUCAUAGUAAAUUUGAUAAUUAGGUACUGCUUAACUAAUGUUAGUCUUUACCAUAAGAAUAUAUUUUGAAAGAAUGUUUAAGGAAACUGUUAAUGAAGCAUUGGGUAUUACAGUGGUGGGGAAGAUGAUGAAAGCUACCAGCAGUCAAACAAAUUAUCGCCUUGCAGUGGGCAUGUCUUCUUCCUCGUCUGAACAUGCUGUAAUCCACUUUUCUGGUUUAUGGAUGUGACUUUACAAUAAUGAUUGCUACCAUUUUAAAAGUGUUUUUAAAACUGUGGUACAAUACGUAACAUAAAAUUUGCCAUUCUAAACAGUUUUAUAUAUAUAUAGUUCAGUGGCAUUACAUUCACAGCAUUGUGAAACCAUCACCACAAUCCAUCUACAGAUUUUCUGUGUGUGUUUCUAGACAGAAACAAUAUCUGUUAAGCAAUUCAACACGUAAUCCCUCAUUCCCCUUGACUUCUAGCAAAUACUAUUCUACUUUCUGUCACUAUGAAUUUAGCUACUCUAGUGCUUCAUGUAAAUGGAUCACACUUGUGACUGGUUUAUUUUGCUUAGUGUAAUGUCUUCAGAGUUUAUCCAUGUUGUAGCCAGGUCUGGUUAUGCAGGCAUAUAAUCCUAGCAUUCUGGGAGGCUGAGGCAGGAGGAUCACAAAUUCAAGCCCAACCUAUGAAACUUAGCAACUUAGUGAUAUCCUGCCUCAAGUAAACAAAUAAAUAAAUGGGAAGACAGAGAAUUCUGGAGGUGACUCAGUUCAAAGGCCUGGAUUCAGUCCCUAGUAUCAACGAUAACAAAAAAAUUCAUCCACUUUGUGGCACGUGUCAGAUUUCCUUCCUUAAAUUCUGAAGAGUAUUCCACUUUAUACGGUACUAUUUGUUGUUAAUUAUUCAUUCACCUGCGAACACUUGAGUUUCUUCCACCUUUUUGUUUUGUGAAUAGCAUCUAUGAAUGGUGUACACAAUCUGUUUGAGUCCCUGCUCUCUAUUCUUUUUGUUACAUACCCAGAACUGGAAUUUCUGGAUCAUAUGGUAAUGCUAUUUUUAAUUUUUUGAGGAACCAUCAUACUGUUUUCCAUAGCAGCUGCAUCAUUUUACAUUCCCAUCAGAGUACACCAGGGUUUCAGGCUCUUUACUUCCUUAGCAACCCUGUUACUUUGCUUUUUGGUGGGAGCCAUCCUAAUGGUUGUGAAGUGGUACUUCAUGGUGGUUUUGAGUUGCAUUUCCUGCUGAGCAGUGAUGUUAAGCAUCUUUUAUGUCCUUAUUGGCCAUUUGUUUAUCUUUUUAGAGAACGAUUCAUGUUCUCUGCUCAUUUAAAAUCACCUUAUUUUAUUAUUGUUGUUAUUCAAGUCCUUUAUAUUCUUUGAAUAUUAAGCCCCCACCAGAUAUAUAAUUAUCAAAUGGUAUAAUUUCUUGAGCGUUGUGAUAUAUUAGAUAAUGUAUGGUGUAUGAAGUGCUUUAUGUGAAGAACUAUAGUUCAUUUAUAAGCCUAAGGAAUGGAUAUUUCACAGAUGUAGAAGCUGAGACUGUGAGGGUUUAAAUGACUCACUCAGGAUCAUGCAGUUAGUAAAUGGCUGAGUAAGGAUCGGAAUCCUGAUACCUCCUACUGCAGAGCCUGUGAUGGCAUGCAGUUCAGUGUGCAGAGAGUAUUCUACUUUCCAGAUUUAUGACUUGACUUUAGUAAAUACUUUUAGAUUCAUGAGUAAUGAAUAAUGAAUAUACCAUAAGAUUAUAACUAAUAAGUAAUCAUCUAAGCAGAUUAUUUUAUGUGACUGUAAGCAUCAGUCACAUAAAAGAAACAGAGCAUUUCCAGCUUCCCCAAAAUUGUAUGUCCCUGGACAGCCUCGUGCCCUUCACCAAAAGGGAAAUUUAUAGUAACUUUCAUGAUAAUAAUUUCUUAUUUUUCUUUAUGCUUUUGUUCCCUACGAAUGUGUCCCCAAAUUGUCUAAAUCAGUGAUGCAUAUGAUUUAACUUUAUAUGGAUUAGAUAAGAGUAUGUGUAUUUUUUGUUUGGUAUUUUUGAUCACAGUUGAAUUUCUGAGAUUUAGUGAAGCUACAUUUUUGCAUUUUCCUUGUUGAAUUCUUUCAUAAAACUUUACCCACUGUGUGUAUCCAUUCUUUUGUGUUAACCACCAGAUACAAUGCUCCUGGGCAUGUUACUGUACUAUCUGUCCUACUUAAUACAUGCACUUCUGUUGGUACAUGCCAAGUAAUGAUAUUGUUGUAGAUGAAAUGCCAGACAGUUUUCCAAAGUGGUUGUAUUAAUUUACAUAAUCACCAGCAGUGUAUGAGAAUUGCUGUUUUGCAUAGUCUCCAGAUUUAAAAUUGUUAGUGGCUUUAAUUGUAGCCAUUCUGUUGUGUUCACAGUAGUAUCACAUGAUGAGUUUAAUUUGCAUUUUCCUAAUUACUACUUAUGGAUACUAGUAGUGUUUUAAUAUGUUGUUGGAUGUCCUGUUUAUGACGUGCCUAUUCAUGUUUCUUGCCCAUUUUUGAACUAUGAUAUCUCUUUCUCUCUCCCUCCCUCUCCACAGUACUGAGCCCUAAUACCAGAGCUUCACAUAUGCUAGGCAAGUACUCCACCAUUGAGCUGUACCCCUUUUUAAAUUUCAUUUUGAUACAGGAUCUCACUAAAUGUGUGCUAGUGGAAAUCUGGGAGAAGCACCCUUUGUGUGACAUGUAAAUUGGCAUUAGGUUUGUCAUUGAAGCCAUUUCCACUGGAUUCCCUGAAUUGCAGAUUGUCCAAUAUGAAUAGUCUCCAUCUUCUAAAUACCACUGAUGACUUCAGUUGUGUGGCUAUCAAAGCAGCAGUUACAGGUUUCUAGAAUGUCCCUAGAGAAGGCUCUGUACCUAGUGAAACCUACAAUAGGAACUGAAAAGCUCCUGCAAAGAUUUAGGAAUUUGUUUUAUGUGAGAUGAGAAGCCAGAGGACAGUUAAUAGGAAAAAGAGGUGAUCUGACUUAGGUUGUAAAGGGAUCUGCUGCCUGCUAACGAGAUAAAGUGGACACUGAGGUCCCUCAGUGAGAACCCAAGCUCCAAACAGGAAUAGUAGAAAAUGCAAACUUGAAUUCCUUUGCCUGUCUCAAAUUUGGACUCACCUAGAAGUCUGUCUGUCUGAUGCAGAGGCAGCUAAUCACCCUUUAAAGUUUCCUGAUGGGGGUGCAUCACCACCAUCCUUUGGUGGUGUCUUUUGGCUGUGCUCUACACCCUGACAAGUUCACAUGCUGGCUGUCACCUCAAGCAGGUUUGAGCCUCUUCCCAUCCUUUUUCACUGCCUUCCUGUAAUAAGUUAACAGACCCAAGCAAAGUUAGAAGCAGUUAAACUUCACACUUGGAUUAUAUUGCCAGGAGGCCUCUCCCUCUGAGUGCAACCCCUUCCAGCAGGCCAGCACCCCUGUUAGAUCUACUGCCAUCUGCUCCCGGUUUUGCUUAGUGCCUGCAGGGCCGCUGAUGGCAGAAGCAUUUCCUGUAACUGGAAUCCCCCAUGCUUAGCCUUGCAGACAAUGGAUCAAUAACUGGAUAAAUGCUGAACUGGAAACUCCAAGCAAUAAAAAAGAAAAGUACAUGUAAUGUAGUGUGCAUGCUACAUUGAAGCUAGGCAAGUUUACAUAUGAAACUACUUAAGCAAGCCCUUUAUUUUUUGACUGUAGUGAAACUCUGAGUCCUGAAGCAACAGUCUCCAAAUUUGCUUAAGAAAAUAGUCAGGGCUGCCAGCACUCAGGAUGCAGAGGCAGGAAAAUUGUGAAUUGAAGGCUACAUAAUGAGACUACCAAAGAGGAAAAGGAAGGAUUGACAGAUAGAAGGAAGGAGGAAAGGAACUCAGAAAGGCAAGAUGGGAGGGAGGAAGGAAAGAUGGGUCGAUCCGUGUUGUAUGGUGUUUAACACCAGGAUGGAAACACAUACUCUGUGUGGCUGUUGUUUUGGAAUGAAGAAGGGCAUGUCACUUGUGUAACCUGUAACUUGGCAUACCUAGUUACAUGUGUGGCAGGACAAAAAAGAUUUAUUACUGUAUGUGUGUGCUUUAAUUCAGUGCUGCCUUGUUUAACGUGGCCUCAGUAACUCAGUGGUCUUCAGGUAGCACCAAAUUUGGUGAUCAAAAGUUACUUCCCAAUUUUUCCAUGUGAAAGGAUAUCAGAACAAAAUAGAGACUAGGUAUGCCCUAGUACUUUGUCAGGAGUCACAAAAUUAUGAAAGGUGGGAUCUAUGCGUCUUAGGUAUGAUGAAUGUAAUAAAAGUACUAUAUUCUUCUCUAGUAGAGCAUAGCUAGAUUUAAAAUUUUCUGUUAAAAAAGACAUAUUUAUUGAUCACAAAUGUGUGAAUUUAUCCAAGUCCCUGAAAGUUUCUUCCUUUGGUAGGAGGUGGGGUAGGAGACAAGAUCACUCCAAGCCCCACCCUCAGGGCCUAGAUUCAAAAGUGGCAGGUGAAAGACAACUUGUCACCUCAUGGUUCUAUUUGCUUCAAAAGAUAGGGCGGGGCGAGUUCAGAGACUUUUGUGCCCAUCAGUGUGGGAAAAAUGUUACUUAAAGGUUAACUCUGUUGGUAGGUGGGGCCAAAAUAAGUUUACAAAGUCUAGAAAGUCUUACAAACCAGCCUGUGAAACUGUAAGCACAUAGGAGCGAUUCAGAUCUGAGAAAAGAAGGAAAAAAAAUCUUUCUUAUCUCAAGAGAGAUGGGGAAUAAGAAUCAGAUGGGAAAUAAGAAUGAGGAUUGAGGAAGUAGAUGUAAAAAUGGCUCCUUUGAUCUCUGGUUGGAAAAAAGUCUGGAGUUUCCAAAAAUAGCUUUUUCCUUCUUUUUUCAGGAAUCUCAUUUCAAGUAGUGUUAGUUCAUUCUUAUGUUCUGCUUUUACUAUUCGUUUGACCUGGGAUGCUUAUAAAAUCAAGAAACAGGAAGCAUCUUGAUGAAAAAGGUCUUGGGUCUUCAUCUACCAUCAUCUGCUGAGUCCAGAAAUCGAUGUACACAACAGCUUUACAAGAGAUGAGUCUCAGGCACUGCUCUGGGUUGGCAUGGGGUCAGACCUGGGAGACCUAGCCGUGCCUUUGAUUGUGAACCAUGGAUAGUUAGAGCGGGAAGGCAGCAUAGAGCCAUCUUGUUCAACUUGCUCAUUUCGUAGAUAAGAAAAAUGAGGUCUAAAGAUUUAAAAGGAAACGUCAAAUUGCACACCAGUACCUGAACUAUCAAUCAAAGAGAUGAAGUACAUUUUCUGCAGUUCUGCAUUAACUAACACCGGGAGAGUAGAAAAGGCUUGAGGAGUUUUGUUUUUAAGGGCAGACUGUUUUAAUUUUUACUUAUUUAUUUUCAUUUUAUUUACUUUUAAUUGAAAAAUAAUUAUGUCUAUCUGUAAGUGAAAAAUAAUAAUUGUGCAUACUAUAUUUGUAUGGUACAUAGUGAUGCUUUAAUCUAUCUAUACAUUGUAUGUAAUGAUUGAAUCAAGCUAAUUUAAACAUAUCUAUCACCUCACCAGCUUUUUUGGUGAUGUGAAUGCUAAAAAUCUAUUCAGCAAUUUUGAGAUAUAUAACACAUUAAUCCAACUGUGGUCAUCAUACAGUGCAAUUUACUCAUCUAGUCUGAGACUUCGUGCCCUUCUAUCAAUGCCCCCCCCCCAGUUUGUUGUAAUCAUCGUGUGUGUGUGUGUGUGUGUGUGUGUGUGUGUGUGUGUGUGUGUGUGUAUUUCUGGGGCUGAACUCAUACAUGCUAAGCAUUUGCUCUAUCACUGAACUACCUCCCCAGAUCUGAUAGCUACUUUCAUUCCUUUAUUUCUAUGAGGUCAACUUUUGGAUUCCACAUAUAAGUGAAGUUAUACAGUAUUUGUUUUUUGUGUCUGGCUUAUUUCUCUUAAUGUAACAUGCUCCAGUUACAAUUACAUUGUCACACAUGACAACGUUUCUUGUUGUAU